GCGGGCCCCGCCGGUUAAAGUGACGACGGACUGGGGGGGCAGGCGGUGCCUCGGGAACUAGCUUUAAGCUAGUAGAGAACAUGAAGCGCCCUCCUCCUCCUCUUCAAUACGUCGUCGUUUUAGCCACACGCGCCACCGCAAUGUCUUCUCGCCCUCCCUUUCGAGGCGGACGGAACCAAUGGAAGAGAGGCUACUCGAAUCGUCCGUUUUCCGGCGGCGACAGAGCUCAGUACGUCACCGGAGACUCGCACAUCCGGUCGGUCCAGGACGCCAAUCUCGGAUUCCGGCAAGGCGACGCCGGAAUCUUCACCAACCAACCCGGUCAUCACCGUCCGUUUAGUCAGAACAAUCAGUUCCGCCGACCUCCGCCGGCGGAUCACAGCCAACACUACCGGCCUCACCAGCAAUUCCGGCCACCUCAGCAGUCGCGACAGCGGCAUCAGAAGCCGUUGGAUUAUCGGAAUUGGGAGCAUGCCAAAACCACACUGCCCCCUAAUUCUGAGAAGUUUAUAGUGCUUUCUUAUAAUAUACUGGCUGAUUACUUGGCCAAUGGCCACCGGAGUAAGCUUUACUAUCACAUUCCCCGGCAUAUGAUGGACUGGCAAUGGAGGAAGAAGAAUUUGAUUUUCGAGCUUGGCUUGUGGUCAGCUGACAUAAUGUGCCUUCAGGAGGUUGAUAGAUUUCAGGAACUUCAGGACGAGUUGAGGCCUCGGGGGUACAGUGGCAUAUGGAAGAUGCGAACUGGCAAUCCAGUAGAUGGCUGUGCGGUUUUUUGGCGGUCAUCAAGGUUUAAGCUGCUUCAUGAGGAAUGCAUUGAGUUCAAUAAGCUUGGUCUUCGGGAUAAUGUUGCUCAGAUAUGUGUGCUGGAGUCGUUGCGUCAAACUUCCAAGGAAAAUAAUGCAGCUCUACCAACAAGCUCACCAGAUUCUAAUAAAGUUGUUAUUUGUAACAUUCAUGUUCUUUAUAAUCCUGGACGAGGAGAAAUUAAGCUUGGGCAGGUCAGGGUGCUCCUGGAUAAGGCUUGUGCUGUUUCCAAAUUCUGGAAUGAUGCUCCCAUUGUUCUCUGUGGGGAUUUCAAUUGUACUCCAAAGAGUCCAUUAUAUAACUUUAUUUUAGAGCAGAAGUUAGAUUUGUCUGAAGUGGACAGAGAUAAGGUAUCAGGGCAAGCUUCAGCUGAAAUUGGUCCACCUAGGUCAUUUAAUCCUAAUUAUAGGGGUCAGCAUGCUAGUAAUUUCGUUCAAGGUUCACCAAUGGUAGAAUGGAAGGAAGCUAACAUAAACGUGAAUGAUUUAACCUUGGAUCCACAGAACCUGAAUAAUCCAGAGAGCAGUGUGGAGGAUGCCGGUAGGCAUGAUGCUGAAGCAAACCUGGAAUCUAAGCAGAAUGCUGUGGAUGUCUGUAAGGUUGAAACUGGAUCAGCUUUCCAUGUUCAGGGUGAUGGAUUUGAGGAACAUCCAAGUGAUGGUGACUUGUCUGUAAAUUUGAGUGAUGAGUUUCAUAAUUGUUCUCCUGCAGUAUCUUCCAAUUCUGAAAAGGUUAACUCUGAUGUGACUGACAUUAGAUACAAAGACAGUGUGGAGUACACCUCUAAUUCAAAUGAUGACUCAAAUGUUUGUGUAGAAAGAGAAAGCAUGAACUGUAGUAUCCUUAAACUUUCCUCUACAAAGGACAAUGUAACUACUGGCGGGGGUUGUGAUACAAAUUAUGUGGAUCCUUUCAGCUCUAAAACUCCUUCGUCUGAGGUCUCUGGUCAGACUUCGUUUGCUGAUGCUACUGAAGGCCCCCGAUUGGGGAACUUGAGACAUUUGCCAUCCAAAGAAAUUUCUGUUGUUGAGAAGUCAGCCCAACAUGAAGCCAAUAUCACAAGUGCAUCUACUAGUGUUGACUUUGAAGUGCAGAAAAAUUUGGAAAAAAUGUCUCUUACUGAGCUUGAUGAAGCCAUACUAGAAGGUGGAAACACAGUUGAAGAUGAUAGUACAUUUUUAUCUGCAUUACACAACACUGGAGAUGGCUUCGCAUCUGAUUUUGCUUCUGAUCCUCCUAAGUACAUGUUGCCUGCAUCAACCGAUAGGAUUGAGGAUGAAUUAUCUCCAGGAUUGGAUUCAGAGACAAUUGGUGUGGAGAAAACUACCUAUGAUCCAUCACUAUGGACUCCAAUGGAGAUAGAAACUGCUACAGGCAAUGGGGAGUGCACUGUUUUAGAACAUCCUUUGAAGCUUAAGAGCACAUAUACUGAAGUUGAGGAUUGUACUGGGACUAGGGACUCAAAUGGAGAGCCCCUGGUGACCAGUUAUAAUAGGUGUUUCUUCGGGACAGUUGAUUACAUCUGGCGAUCUGAAGGUCUGCAAACUGUCAGGGUCCUUGCUCCAAUUCCAAAACAUGCUAUGCAAUGGACUUCAGGAUUCCCAACCAGGAAAUGGGGUAGCGAUCACAUUGCCUUGGCUACUGAGUUGGUGUUAAUGAAGUGCUCUGACCAAUCAUAAGUAAUUAAGUAUAACUCCGAACUCUGCCAGCAGUAUGGUCAAUAGUCUAGAAAAUUGAAGCUUGCAGGAGAGCUUCAAUUCUCUCCGCAUCUCGUAAUACUUUUAGUUUUACCCCUGCUUCUUGUUUUAGGCUCUGGGAGAAUCUCAGUCAGCGUUCUCUUCGAAUGAUUUGAGGUAGAGUAUAGUCUUGCAGCAACUGGUGCAUAUUACAUUUUUGGUGUUACUCCUGUACAUAAUUUUGGUCUUCUGAGAUCUGAUCUAGUGAUCUGGUCCUAAACAUGGUGUUACUUGUAUUACACCAUUUAAGUUAAUUAUCAGGUUAUAGUACAUUUCA